AAUUGAUAUGCGUAAAUCUGGAAAUUAUACAUUAACAACUAUAAAAUUUUUCAAAGAAACCACUUUAGCACUCCAAAAAAAAAGAUAUGAAAGAGAAGCUAAUCAAUAUGAUGUAAAUUCAAUGUAUAUAUUUGAAAUGAUAAAAAAAGAUGCAUCAUGGCCAAUUGUACUAGCAACAAUAGAAGGAAAUCCUCCAAAGAAAAGUCUUCAAUAUACGAGAUAUUUACGUUAUAAUUCACAUAAAAUUUACACACAUUAUGAUUUAAAAUAUGCGCGAAAAAAUGGAUUGAAAGUAACAUUAAUGAAUAUAUCACCAAAUAUGCUUAUUUACGAAAGAAAUGUAUGUAUAACAGGAAAAGACAUGUUUGGUGAAUGGGGUAAUAUAUUAUACAAAAUUAAAAAAGAAGGUGGAAUAGAAGGAAAAGUUAGUAAAGCAUUAUUAGUUUUAUUAUGGCGUGCAUUAUGUGAGCAAAGAAAUGGACAAAAUUAUGGUUUACACCUACGAAUAAAACCAUUCUUAUUAGCAUCUGCACGAAAAAGAAUAUCAGAAAUUGAGAAGCCACUAGGAGAUCAAGUAAAAUAUAUAUAUACAGAUGGCAUUAUUAUAGCUGGAAAAGUAGAACUUAAAACGGGAAUAGAAAUGGGUGAGCUAAAAUUUGAGAAAAAUGGAGUUUGUGUAGUAAAAAAUUGUAUAUCAAUUACAUGGAAACCGUCAUAUCCAGAAAUUCCAAAUUUGAUUAUUUUCAAAGAAAAUGAGCUUCGCUCUACAAAUAGUUUACCAGAUUUUGAGAAAAUACAACAAGAUAAAGAGCAGAAUACAAAAUUAGAUACAGAGUAUCCUGUCUCACAGACAGUAAAAAGAAAACCAUUAAAAAGAUCUGAUAUAAAUCUUCCAAAUGAAAUUAUAAUAGAAAUAUUUCAACAUUUACGAACACAAAAUAAUAUAUUAAACACAAA